AUGGCAGGUGACUCUAGGUUUCCAGAUGUGGACACUGAUGGAUCAGAAGAAAGUGAAGAAAUGGAGAUUGUAGUCAAUGUCGGUGGGGUUAGACAGGUAUUCUAUGGAGAUAACCUGAAUCAGUACCCAGAAACACGGCUGGCAGAGCUGGUCAAUUGUUUAUCGGGGGGAUACGAUAGCAUAUUUUCCCUCUGUGAUGACUAUGAUCCUGGAAAGAGAGAGUUUUACUUUGACAGAGAUCCAGAUGCUUUCAAAUGCAUUAUUGAUGUGUACUACUUUGGGGAAAUUCACAUGAAGAAAGGAAUAUGCCCCAUAUGUUUCAAGAAUGAAAUGGAAUUUUGGAAAGUGGAUCUGAAAUUUUUGGAUGACUGCUGCAAAGCUCAUCUAAGUGAAAAAAAGGAGGAACUGGAAGAAAUAGCCCGAAGGGUGCAACUCAUUCUGGAUGACUUGGGAAUAGAUGCCUCAGAAAGUCGCUGGAAAAGGUGCCAAAAGUGCAUCUGGAAAUUUCUGGAGAAGCCAGAAUCAUCCUAUCCAGCUAGAGUGAUUGCUGUACUGUCCUUUCUGUUUAUUUUGAUCUCCUCUGUUGUGAUGUGUGUGGGGACCAUCCCAGACUUGCAGGUGGUAGAUGCAGAGGGGAACCGUAUGGAGCACCCGACCCUGGAGAGCAUCGAGACUGCCUGCAUAGGAUGGUUUACCAUGGAGUAUGUGCUGAGGCUGAUCUCCUCUCCCAACAAACUCCACUUUGCCUUUUCUUUCAUGAACAUUGUUGAUGUGCUAGCAAUACUUCCUUUUUACGUCAGCCUGACCUUGACCCACCUGGGAGCCAAGCUGAUGGAGCUGAGCAAUGUCCAGCAGGCUGUCCAGGCACUGCGCAUCAUGAGGAUCGCAAGGAUUUUCAAGCUUGCACGGCAUUCCUCAGGGCUCCAGACCCUAACUUAUGCCCUCAAACGCAGCUUUAAGGAGCUUGGGCUGCUCCUCAUGUACUUAGCUGUUGGAAUCUUUGUCUUUUCUGCCCUAGGUUAUACCAUGGAACAAAGUCAUCCCGAAACUUUAUUUAAAAGCAUCCCUCAGUCAUUUUGGUGGGCAAUCAUUACCAUGACCACAGUUGGAUAUGGAGACAUUUACCCUAAAACAACACUAGGAAAACUGAAUGCUGCCAUCAGUUUUCUUUGUGGAGUAAUAGCGAUUGCCCUCCCCAUCCAUCCCAUCAUUAACAACUUUGUCAGGUAUUACAAUAAACAGAGAGUUUUAGAAACAGCUGCCAAACAUGAAUUGGAGCUGAUGGAACUAAACUCUGCUGAGGGGAAAGCCACAGGCUCCAGAAGUGAACUAGAGGAUCCUUCAAGGGAAGGCAAAGAGGGUCCUUUUUAUAGCAGCCGGAUAAAAGUCUCCCACAGUGACACCUUUAUUCAUCUGCUGUCAGAAGAGAAACACUAUAGGACCAGGCUUCAAAGCUGCAAAUAA